AGUGCCGAAAAGCGGCUUUCUCAAGGGAGAAGGCGUGGCUAAUGCGGCUUUGCGUAGAGAUGUCACAGGGAAGGAAGAGUCUAGUGUACCCGUAGCGACUGCAGAAGGGAAACGCGGUGGUUGGUUGCUUGGGCCGGCAGGGCUGGAAACAGCGUCGCUCUGCCUGGUUUAAUUUUCCCUCAUUUCUUUCUCUCCCCUCUCCCACCCAUGCUUUAGAAAGGAACCAAAUAUUUUACUCCGUAAAAAUACAAAGUUUACGUGUACAGUCAGUACAUAACCCUGCAGCCCAGGGUUCCGUCCAGCAUCACCCAGGGACUUCACGCUCUCCCUCGCCGAAGGAAGAAGCAAGAGCUCCCUCGCCCAAAGAAGGAGCAACAGCCAAGGAAAGCGCAGCACCUCCGCAAUCAUCCCUUUCACCCAGGGAAAGGGACAAAGCAGGGCUUAAUCUACCUUCGCGCAGCCGCAUCCCUUCCACCGACAGCAUGCCGGACAAGAAGUUCUUCGAGAAUCUCUCAGGAAAAGGGAAAGCCAUCGGAGUGUUGACCAGCGGCGGCGAUGCUCAAGGUAUGAAUGCAGCAGUCCGUGCAGUAGUGCGUAUGGGAAUUUAUGUUGAAGCAAAAGUAUAUUUUAUCUAUGAGGGUUACGAAGGCAUGGUCGAUGGAGGUGCAAAUAUUGUUGAAGUUACAUGGGAAAGUGUUUCGAGUAUCCUCCAAGUGGGAGGGACGGUUAUUGGCAGUGCACGCUGCAAAGCUUUUCGAUCCCGGGAGGGUCGUUUGAAGGCAGCCUGCAACCUGGUUAAGUAUGGAAUCACUAACCUUUGUGUGAUUGGCGGGGAUGGCAGCUUAACAGGUGCUAAUAUCUUUCGUGAGGAAUGGAGUGGACUGUUAGAGGAGCUGGCAAAAAAUGGUGAAAUUGCAGAAGAUGCUGUUAAGAAGUACGCUUACCUCAACAUUGUGGGAAUGGUUGGCUCCAUUGACAAUGACUUCUGUGGUACAGAUAUGACCAUUGGCACUGACUCAGCCUUGCAUAGAAUCAUUGAAGUUGUGGAUGCCAUCAUGACCACUGCUCAAAGCCAUCAGAGGACCUUUGUCCUGGAAGUGAUGGGAAGACACUGUGGGUACCUAGCUCUUGUUAGUGCCUUAGCCUGUGGCGCAGAUUAUGUCUUUAUUCCUGAAUAUCCACCUGAGGAAGGAUGGGAAGAUCAUAUGUGUAGUAAGCUUUCUGAGAACCGUGCACGAAAGAAAAGGUUGAAUAUCAUAAUUGUAGCAGAAGGUGCCAUUGAUUCCCAUAACAAAUCUAUAACUUCAGAACAAGUUAAGGAUCUUGUGGUGCAACAGCUAGGGUAUGACACUCGUGUGACUAUCCUUGGCCAUGUUCAAAGAGGAGGCACGCCCUCUGCAUUUGAUAGGAUUUUGGCAAGUCGCAUGGGUGUGGAGGCUGUUCUUGCCCUUCUAGAGGGUACACCUGAAACUCCUGCUUGUGUGGUAUCCCUGACUGGAAAUCAAGCUAUCCGUCUGCCUUUAAUGGAGUGUGUGCAGAUGACCCAAGAUGUACAGAAAGCCAUGGAUGGAAGACAAUUCAGUGAGGCUGUGCAACUUCGUGGAAGGAGUUUUGAGAACAACUUGAAUACUUACAAGCUGUUGUCUACCAAAAAAUCAGCGGCUGACCUUCCCAAGACUAACUUCAAUGUAGCUGUUUUAAAUGUUGGUGCUCCGGCAGCUGGGAUGAAUGCUGCUGUUCGAUCUGCCGUGAGAAUUGGUAUAACUGAAGGACACAAAAUGUUUGCUGUCACUGAUGGGUUUGAAGGCUUUUCUGGAGGGCAGAUCAAAGAAAUCAGCUGGGGAGAUGUUGGAGGUUGGACUGGCCAAGGCGGAUCAAUUCUUGGCACAAAACGUACGCUUCCUGGAAAGUAUAUGGAAAAGAUUGCAGAGCAAAUGCGAACUCAUAAUAUCAAUGCCCUCCUGGUUAUUGGUGGAUUCGAGGCCUACUUGGGACUUUUGGAACUCUCCGCUGCCCGGGAGAAAUAUGACGAGUUCUGUAUUCCCAUGGUUAUGGUUCCUGCAACCGUAUCCAACAAUGUACCGGGUUCUGAUUUCAGCAUUGGUGCAGACACUGCUCUGAAUACUAUCACUGAUGCCUUUGAGAGCUGUCUGCAGUUACUUGAAGCACGGCCCCGCUUUGAGGAGUUUUGCAUUCCUAUCUGUGUGUUGCCUGCUACUAUUAGCAACAAUGUGCCUGGCACCGACUUCAGUAUCGGUGCUGACACUUCUCUGAAUACCAUUGUAGAGACCUGCGACCGAAUCAAGCUGUCAGCAAGUGGGACAAAGCGCCGUGUGUUCAUCAUUGAAACCAUGGGCGGCUAUUGCGGCUACUUGGCAAAUAUGGGGGCCCUUGCUGCGGGGGCUGAUGCUGCAUACAUCUUCGAAGAGAAAUUUGAUAUUCGAGAGCUUCAGGCCAAUGUGGAACAUUUGACUGAAAAGAUGAAAACCAGCAUUCAACGUGGAUUGGUGCUGAGGAAUGAAAAUAGUAGUGAGAAUUACACAACUGACUUCAUUUACCAGCUUUAUUCUGAGGAAGGGAAAGGAGUCUUUGACUGCAGAAAGAAUGUCCUGGGUCACAUGCAGCAGGGUGGGGCCCCUUCUCCAUUUGAUAGAAACUUCGGGACAAAAAUUUCAGCAAAGGCCGUGCUGUGGCUCUCUAAGAAACUGAAAGAAAGCUAUCGAAGAGGAAGAGUAUUUGCCAACACUGAGGACAGUGCUUGUCUCCUGGGAAUGCGCCGAAGGAACCUUCUUUUCCAGCCUGUGGUCCAGCUGAAGGUUGAAACAGACUUUGAGCAUCGAAUUCCUAAGGAACAGUGGUGGCUAAAGCUACGGCCUCUGAUGAAAAUUCUGGCCAAAUACAAGACCAGCUACGACAUUUCAGAUUCCGGACAGUUGGAGCAUGUGCGCAGACCAAAACCGGCAGAAGCUUGAGCUGAUGAGCCGAAGGUGUUAUACUGUUAAAGAGUGCAAUAGUUCUCCAUUGUGUGUCAAUGAUGCUUUAGAAUACUUGUUGCAGCUUUUUGUAACAUUAAGUUAUUGUGGAAAAGCAAAGCAACCAUCACAAACGUUCUCUACCAGGUAUUGUCUUAGGCUUCUUAAAAAUACACCACACAAACACCCUAGCGCCUAACUUAACAAAGAAAACCCAAUUACCAAUGUGUUCCUUACCAAUAACGUACAAAAAUGGUUCUAUGCACUCAAUGUGAUGUUAUUCAUCUCUUGCACUUUUACCAGAUAGUGUUUACACUUGUGUAUAUAUUACAGAAGCUUAGUUUUUGUGUCAAAUUUAAAAGGAAACUUAUGUAUGCCCCCAACCAGAAUAAAAAACUGUAUUAAACGAAA